AUCCCCAGGACCCUAUCAGGGUUUUGGCACCGAGGGUCACUCUGUUCGGGCGUCGGAGAAGAAUGGUUGUUAAUCGAAAAAAUAGCGGCGGGGGCGGCAGCAGCGGGGAAGAAGACGGAGACGCGAACUGGAGAGCCGCAAUCGAUUCUGUCGCCAGCGUCAUCACUGCUCUAGCCUCUACAUCUAACGGUUCGACAACGAAAUCCACAGGCCGCACGAUGCGACACGACGAAGAAGAUGAAUUAACUAACCACAAUUCUCAAAACAUCAAGCAUUACCAGAUUAAGGCACAAAACCUUCUGGUUGACAUCAUUGAGAAGACGUUAGAAAUAGUGAGAAAUCCUGCUGAGAUGCUGGAUGAUGAACCCACAACUAAUGAAGGUGGAGUUCGACUCUUUGAACAUGCUCCCCCUGGGAUAGUAUUUGAUCACAUAGAUGAACUUCAGGGACCAACAAAAAAACCAAGAAUCCUUCCUGGUAAAGAGAUUGAUGAAAACUCAAAGAAGUUUAGACGGCAACUCCAGUCUGUUGCUGUUGAUGGGGUGGAUAUAAUAGCUGCAGCAAAAGAUGCACACGAUAAAUCAUUAGCAAAACUAGAAGCUAAAUAUGCAGCAGCAAAAGCUGCUGCAAAGAGAGAAGAAGAAAGAAUAGCAGAACUGAAAAAAGUUAGGGGAGAGAGAUGGCUACCUUCAGUUGCAAGACAUAUGCGGGUGAAAUUUCAAGGGUAGCUAAUGAUCUGCAUGCUGGUUCCCAUCUCUCUCCUAAGCUGGAAGGCUAAAUUUAUCAAGAUAUUGAAGAGCUGGAUGACAUAUAACUCCAGGUGCUGCUCCUUAAUGGUUAUGGACAAAUAAGGAUGGAAACAGUUUGAAAGCAUGCGACUGUGUUUCUUGUUGAAUACUCAAGUUAUAACUUCAUGAUUAAUACUAAGUGACUGUUUUGAAACUUCCUUGAUCCUUGCCUUGCUGCAAUUAUUUACCAGACUUAAGUCUUGUCAGGGACUUUUGGUCAUUGUCUCAUAAGAGUUGCGGUGAACCGUGAAGUAAUAUUUUCUGUAUCUCUUUGUAUGAGCAACUAGAGCCUGGUUUUGGGAUUGGAAAUAUGUGAUAGCUCAUAGUGAGAGUAUUUUUUUCAUUGUGUUCCGUUUCUCUCAGCAAUGAGACGCUAGUUUUGGGAUUUGAAAGAGUUGGUUGGUGUUUGUCCUUGAAUUUGGUUAUUGGGUCCUCAAAAAGUCUUUGGGAGUAAGUGAGUUUGGUCCAGCCGUCUAGGUAUAACGAUGCUAUGGGAUCUGCACCUGUAGAUUUACUGGGAUUUACAUAUUUGUAGUGCAUCUCCUGCUUCUCACGGUUGGCUACUAAGCAAUUUGGCUCGAUUGUAGUAAAAAGAGCAAAUUUCUGUGAUGAAUAAUACUUGUUUGUGUUACUCUUUCUUCCAGCAAUGAAGUUGUCUAUAGAACCAAAAGCAAAUUUCUGCUUUUGCUUUUGGUGUUUUCCUACUUUUGUUUUUGUUACAUUUUAAUUGUAAUAGAAAAAUAGUUUGCGAUACGCAGAAGCAGCAUUUUUGGCUAGUGGGCAAAGCAUCAGGGAAAAAAAUAUAUAAAAGUCGUGAUUUUAUUUAUAUAUACAAAAAUGUUUUUAGUUGAAUCCAUGUAGGAUUCGCUUGUGAUGUAAACCGGAUAAGGGAUG